CCUCUUUAAACGAUCACGAAUCCAGCCUUCCCACAUAUCCGAUUACCUCAAACUCCUCAUUAAACCCCAAGCCUCGCAAUCUCGAUCCGGGGCAUUCGUCCGCCAAGAACAUCGAUCGCUCGCCUCGCGCAACGCGUCUGCUGACCGGCUGCGUCGCGUCGUCAUGUCGGCCGAGAUCGCCCCCCAGGCCGUCUCGACUCCGACCCCGCCCAGAGAGCGGCAUUCACUGACCCUCGACCAGCGACGCGCUUUGCGCCGCUGGGCGAGCUCGCAACCAGUGCGCCCGAGUCACAAGGCCUGCAUCGACUGGUUCAAGAGCCAGUACAACCAGACCAUCUCACAGUCGACCGUCUCGCACUCCCUCUCCCCCAAAUACGCCCGCCUCGAUGGCGACACCCAGCUUUCCGGUUCGCGCCUGCGCUUCGGCAACUGGCCCGACGUCGAGAAGCUCGUCUUGCUAUGGCACCAGCAGAUGGUCAACAACGGCCGGCAUCCCUCUAACGAGGAGCUCGCCGAGAAGGCCAAGAACAUUUUCACCCAACUCCCGCGCUACAAGGACGAGAGCCCUCCGGAGUUCUCGCCGGGCUGGAUCCACCGCUUCAAGAAGCGCUACGGCCUGCUGAUCCGCACUCAACGCCGCCAUGGCUCCGCUCAAAACGUAGCCAACGACAUCCCAUACCUGGUCGACACAGUCCCCCGCUUCAUGACCAUCACCCCGGACGUCUCGCCAGCCGCCAUCCGCGAGGCCGUCCAGCGCGUAGUAGGCGUCGAAGCCUCCCUCGCCACCUGCGCCCGCGUGCGCGACGAAAUCGUCCGCCGUCUCGACACCCAGCAGCAGCAACAGCAGUCGCCCCAUCCACAGCCGCCCGCGACCGCUCAAGCAGCUACCGCGGCCAACCCUCACGGCCUCCCCGUACCGCCGGCCCCCAACGGCGAACAGACCCCCAUCUACACCGACGACGACCCAGAGGUCGUCCUCCAAAAUGCCCUGCGCGCCCUGCAGCAGGAAGAAGCCGACGCCGAAGCCCAAGCCGCUGCCGAGCGCGAGGCGCGCGACCGCUCCGAGCGGGGUCUGCCGCCCCUGGGCGCCCUCGCGGGCCAAUCCUACACGCAGCAAGCCGCGGCGGCCGUCAACGCCAUGUCGAUGACGCCCAUCAGCGCGGCGCGCGCAAGCGUGGGCCCGCCGCCGAGCGCUGGUGCCGGCUCGACUGCCGGUAACGGCGCCCUUGGAGGAGCAGUCGGGGGUUCAGGUUCGACGACCGGAGGGGGAGCAGGAGGAGGAGGGUCGCGGUUCAUUGCGCCGACGCCGACGAAGCAGGAGCUGGCGCCGGCAGUGGGUGGCAGCGGCAAUGGCGAGGACCUGACGCUGACGCCCAUCCCCAGCGGCGGCCCCGUGUCGGUCACGGACCGGCCGGUCCGGUGUCCGUUUUGUCUGAAUCAGCGCAUGCUGAGGACAAUCAAGGAGGCUGUGGAGCACAUGUCGACGCAUGUGAUUGUGUGAAGGGGGAGAGUUUUCGUUAUGAGGUGUGAAUGAGUGAUAUACACCUGCUGUUUUUCAGCCGGGGGGUGGGGAGGGUGGGUAGUGUUUGUCCGUGGCGCUUUUUCUGCCUGGUAUUCGGGCUUCUUAGCCCGGCAAACUUCUAUUUCCGUAUCUUCUUCUGUAUGACUCACUGUGUUACCGUCAAGGCGCUUUAUCUUGGAAGGGGAACUCUACGAGGAGGAAUCGGACGGGAAACAGGGUCAGGGUUUCACGUUUCAUUUGGUAUGCUUGCUUAUCCACGUCUAAUCAGGUAGCGAAGGGCGGGUUUGCUACUGAGGCUUCGCUCAUUGCAGGCUCUACCGACAAAUAGUAUUGGCGGUUUUUUUUGCGGUCUGUAAGC